AAGCAGUCGGUCAUUUUGCCAGCACAGAUCUCGGCGUGGACAAGAUGGUUCACUUACCACCUGUCGUCUGCUCGCUCGAAACAGUCCGCCAUCAUGAGAGUGCUUGUCGCCAUCGCCGUAGUCUGUGUCAGCACCCUCGCCCAGGAGCCGAAACCAUGCGAGAGCCCAAAGCAGUUCCAGGGAAGAAUAGCUAGGUUCGACCCAAAAGACAAAGUGGCCGUGUUUGUUCGACUGAGUUACGACGCCGAUAAUCGCCGUGUUCGAGAACUGGAGGAAAUAGACACCACCUCAACGAAAGACUACUACGACGUCCUGUACCUUCACAAUGUUGGACUUGAAUAUCGGUUAAACCUUCGAACCAAACAGUGCAACAAGACCGUGCUCACGAGACCGUUCGUUCCCAUGCACCUGCCGUCCGACGCGCAUUUCCGCGGAGAAGCGAGCAUGGGUGAAGCCAGUAACCCGGAUGAGCACGUCAUAUUGGCCUUCUUUGAGGGAAAAUUUGAAGGCAACUUCUAUGCGGCAAGUGUGACCGUUCCGAACUGUUUCCCAGUUGCGUUUGACUUUUUAAGUAAACAGACCGGCUUGAUUCAUACAACAUAUUAUGAUAUCACCGGAGGUAUCCAUGACCCAAGUGUAUUCAUCCCACCCAGCGAAUGUCCGCCAUAACUUGCUCAACAUUAACACACUGCUUGAGUUUAGCGUUUUGUAUCCAUAUACAAAUACAGUCACAAAUAAACAAUCUAUUCCAA